AACCCGCGACCUCCGCUAAUCACCCCAACAAGGUACCUAUAAAUAUGGAAGUAAAUAUUGUGUAACAUAGCUACCUCCUUUAACCUGAUUUUCCAUUACUAGGGGAGAAGAGGCAAUGUUGGGAUCAGGAUUAUCAUCUUCAGGGGAGAAGAGGCAACCACCACAAGGAGGAUCCGAGAGCGAGAAGAGGCAAAAGGGGGAAUGCAAGGGAGGAAGGAUAAAGAAGUUCGCGAAUGAGGAGGACUAUCAGCAGUAUAUUAAACAAGGCAAUGGAUUUGCUCGAGGAUAUUUACCACGCAACUUUAGAAAAGCUGAUUCUCUGGAAGAUAUAGAUCUUCCUGAUGGCGCUCCACCCGAGUAUCACUAUCAUUUUGCUGAUAUCUGGGCAGUUUUCCUUCGUCAAAUUUAUUUAACCAAUGGUAUGGACCUUGAUACUUAUCCUGGUCCUACUGACACUUGUGAUAUAUGGCCGUUGGACUUAACGUCACCCCGUGGUGAAAACUAUGUUAUUGCUAGCAAGGAUUUGGCUGAUCUUGCUAUAAAGAAAUACAAUGAUGAGUCCAAUUUUUAUAAGUAUGAGUUGUUGAAGAUUGAGAAAGCGAACCAACGCCAGACAGGAUACACUGAAUUUUUCAUGACUGUUAAAGUCAGGAAUGUCACUCUUGCUACUGUUGUCGAAACUUUUCAAAUACAUGCUGCAUACCAGGGUACUCUUUCUAAAGAAGUCCUUUCUUGCCUGCCAAAAGGAGGGGCAUUGCCAAGUCCAACGCAGAUGGAAGUGUCACUGGGAAUGAAUGGCGGCACCUGAACUCUAGUUGACGUUUUACUUUGGUAUCUUGAUACUAUUAUUGUGCAC